UAAGAUGGAAACACUACCUGUUGCAUCACCAUGCUCCAACAUGUCCCUUUGUUUUUCAGUUUGGAACUGUAAUGCUUGUAAAGCACUAAUUUACUAGAAAAAUGCACAAAUCACUGCUUCCUUUGUACAUGGCUAAUUAGCAACUAGUGAUGUUUUGUUCAUGAACAAUUCGUACAUUUUGAAUGAAUCUUUAAUAUGACUCGGGAACAACGAGUUGUCUCAGAGAGUGAUUCGUUCAUUUUGUGUUGAGUGCGCAUGUGCAGCAACAUCCCCACAGGUUCUGUACAGGAAACAGAAAAAAUUAUUAGUUCACAUCAAGAGUCUUCGGGUUCGAGUCGUUCAUUCUUCCGGUGACUGCUCCAUACGCAAUGCACCAUGCAAUAACGGAAACAGAAAUGACUAGUUCACGUCUCAAGUCUUAGGGUCCCAGUCGUUCGUUCAUCACGUCACAGCUCCACUGCACUGCCUAUGGGGCAGUCACGGGAUGAAUGAACGACUCUAACCCGAAGACUCGAGAGUGAACUAUUCGUUUCCAGGGAACAGACGUGACAAAUGUGACGUGACAAAAGAAAGAACGACUCUGAUCGGGAAAUGACGUGAAUUAACAUACUGCAUAGCCUAAAAACCCAGCUAAGCUAUUAGGCUAAUUAGCUAUUAAGCUAAUUAGCCUAUAGUUUAUUAUUUAUUUUUUAUUUUUAUCCAAAUGUGAUCAACGUUUGCGUAAGUACUAGACGUGUUGGGGGACUUAACAUGUAAAAUUUUAAUGAUAUUCUGCUGGGAAAAAAAACACGAAAUGACUCGAAAAAAGAUCCGUUCAUUUUGCUGAACGAGAUUCAAAUAUCCGAGUCAGUAAAAAGAUCCGAACUUCCCAUCACUACUAGCGACUUCUUUAACGAGCCCAGGGCAGAGCGAGCCCACGUUCAGAUAUCGCGAGAUUCUGGUUUAGCUCAGUUCUCGUGGGUGGAGUUUCCCUCAGCCGGGUUAGGCUUGCACAGACUGACAGUUCGUGAGUCGGAUUCACCUCACUAGCAGAACUGUGAAGAAACGACCAGUCUAUGUCGUAAAGAAAGCAGAGUAUUUUAGCUGCAUUAAGCUGUAAUCGGUGCUUGUUUUCUUCGGAUAAAGCAAAUGGUGUCGUGAGGUUUCUGAAAGCACGCUAGCCGUGUGCACCGUUCACACACGCGCACACUCGCGCGUACACGCACACACAGAGCUGCACUCAGUCUUAGCCAGUUACUGAAGCACUAGCACCGCACUGACUUGUGAUACCACUGACCUGUUUAUCUGCUUUCUGGUCGAGCAUGAGCGUGGUGUUGGAACUCAGCUGCAAUGCAUGCAUUAAGCUGUAGAAUGAACCUGGCAGCAGUGCUAAAUGGCCUGCUUGUAUCGCUGGUUGCAGCCCUGCUAUGGAAGUAUGUUCAGCUAAGCGACCACAUGGCCCAACUGGAAGAGGAGCUACAGCUGACGCGUCAAUCCCAGGAGCUUUCACAUGUGCGCAUAGAUUAUCAUGCCGCUCUGUUGGCACUGCAAGAGCAAGGCACAAGGAUGGUCUGCACUGGCAAGAUGCACACUGACCGCAUCUGCCGCUUUGACUAUCUUUGCUACUGUUCCGAGGCUGAGGAGUUCAUAUUCUUCCAUAGUAAUGCCUCAGUCAUGCUUCCCAAUUUAGGCCCUCGUCGCUUCCAACCAGCCCUGCUGGACUUGUCCUCUGUUGAGGAUCAUAAUACACAGUAUUUUAAUUUCUUGGAACUGCCCGCAGCUGCACUAAAGUACAUGCCGAAGCCUGUGUUUGUGCCAGAUGUCACUCUCAUCCUCAAUCGCUUCAACGCUGAUAACCUGAUGCACAUCUUCCACGAUGAUCUUCUUCCAAUAUUCUACACCAUGCAACAGUACACAGACUUGGAUGAUGAAGCCAGGCUCGUCUUCAUGGAAGGUUGGGGAGAGGGGAGCCAUUUUGAUCUCUAUCGCCUGCUUAGCAGCAAACAACCACUACUUAAAGAGCACUUACGGAACUUUGGCAAGCUCAUGUGCUUCACCAAGUCUUAUGUCGGAUUGUCAAAGAUGACCACAUGGUAUCAGUACGGCUUUGUACAGCCCCAAGGGCCCAAAGCUAACAUUCUGGUGUCUGGGAAUGAGAUUCGUCAGUUUGCCUCGUUCAUAAUGGACAGACUUAAUAUCACAACAAAGGAGAGGCCUGAAGGUGAUGAUUAUAUAGUAGUUUUUAGUAGAACUUCUAAUAGGUUGAUACUCAAUGAGGCAGAGUUGCUUCUUUCUUUGGCUCAAGAGUACAAAAUGAGGACAGUCACCGUGUCCUUGGAGGAGCAAACUUUUGCAAGCAUAGUCCAGCUUAUCAGUGCGGCAUCCAUGCUGGUCAGCAUGCAUGGUGCUCAACUGAUCACGUCCAUGUUCCUACCACGAGGGGCUGCUGUCAUCGAGCUUUUUCCAUACGCUGUCAACCCAGAACAGUAUACUCCAUAUAAAACUCUGGCCUCCUUGCCAGGAAUGGACCUGCAGUACAUAGCAUGGAGAAACACCAUUGAAGAGAAUUCUGUAGCCUAUCCUGACCGCCCCUGGGACCAAGGAGGUAUCACUCACCUGGAGAAAGAGGAACAGGAACGUAUCCUAGCUAGCAAGGAGGUACAGAGACACCUCUGCUGUCGCAACCCAGAGUGGCUUUUCCGGAUUUAUCAAGACACCAUUGUGGACAUUCCUUCCUUCUUGGAAGUCCUUCGAGACGGUCUAAAAAUUAAGCCUAAUCUGAAAAAGAGCAAACCUGUCAGUGUAGUACAUCCUGGUCGAGUCAGACAUCCCAAGUGCCAGACAUCAGUGCAGGCUGCCCAUGAAGCAAAGCUGUCCGUGUCCUGGCAGAUUCCUUGGAACCUCAAGUACUUGAAGGUAAGAGAGGUAAAAUAUGAAGUGUGGAUCCAGGAGCAGGGAGAGAACACAUACAUGCCUUAUAUUCUCCCCCAACAAAACUAUACCUUUUCAGAGAACAUUAAGCCCUUUACUACAUAUUUAGUGUGGGUGCGCUGUAUCUUUAACAAAAACCUUUUGGGACCUUUUGCAGACGUUCUUAUAUGUAAAACCUAACUCUGUUAAGCUCAUAGUGUCAAGACCAGGGAAAUGCUUAUUACAAAUACUGUGAAGUUGGCUUAUUCUGUGGAAAAAAACAAAACGGAUUUUCCUACAACACGACAUAGUCUGUAGCUCAUUGCCACAGUAAAUGAGAGGAACAUUUGUACUGAGGAGGACUAAAAAUGAAUACAGAACACUGAACUGCCAAACUGGACUCUGAAAAGUCUCCUUUAACUUUAUCAUGAGUUUGAAAGAUUUUCAAUAUUCAAAAUGUAUUUAUAAAAUGGUGUAAACUAAUUUAUUUUUAUUUAUUAGUUAAAGAUGUGUGGUGUUGAAAUGUAUUGUGCCUGUGGGGGUGAUUAUCUGAUUGUGCUGAUAGAUAUUUUAAAGUUUCCUACUUUUUGGCACAAGUGAUUUUGUUAAAAUUUUGCAAUCCUGACUUUUAUGUGACUUUGUGACUUGAGCGAAUGUUUCAUGUAGUCAUUACAGUCUCAUUGGUUUACUUAACAUUAGAUAUAAUAUCAAGACAAAUUAGCCUAUAAGGAAAGUGGUCUUGGAUGUAUGUUUUUCCCCAUUUAUUCAUUGUAUGUGUGGAUGACUUGUACUAGUUUUUCAGUGUUGAUGCUUUUCCUUUUUAUUCGAGAAGACAUUUCAUGCUUGCGUAUUUUGAUAUUGAAAUAGUUUGUAAAUGAGACUUACUGUACUGGGAAUAAGGAAUGGGAGGACUGAGUCUUUUAACUGUGGCCUGGCAUGAUAAAUGGAAAUAAAGAUAGAACACUGCUGGUGGGUUUAUCAGAACUAAGAGUUGAAUGUAACCUGUAGUAUCAGUUAUUAAGUUUCUCGCUAUAAAUUAUUUAAUUCCUUAACAUUCUGUCUCUCCUUAACUAUUGUCCCAUACUUCAGUAUCAGUAUUUAACUGUAGUGUUCUGUUUGAUAUUUAGCAAUGGAUGUGAUGUUCACUGCCCACAUUGGCUUAGGGAGCUGAGAUAGAAGAGAAUAUUUGAAAUGACCAACCUUGAACACAUCUGUGUUUUUGGGCAACAGUAAAGUCACACAAAACCACUUCUUAUGCCUGGGGAUGCUCCUGCAAGCAGGUAUGAAUGAAAAUACUACCUAGAUGUAAUAUAACAGUGAAUUUACUUAUCUGCUUUAUUUUUGUUAAAGCAGAUCGGUGUCAAUUGAUAUCUCACCACCUGGUGAAAAAUAAAAGGGGCAUUUUUCAUGUUCAAGAGAGGUAAAACACAUAAAAUUUCAUUUUGGGAGGUUAAAAAAAGCAUUUUUAGUAUGGUUCCACUUCAGGUAAAAAAGGAUCUAUUUUGACCCAAACAGAACACAAGGGUUAAAGUGUGUACAUUUUCCCUUAUUUUGGGGGAUCAUUUUUUCCUCAUUUAGAUACCUCAGCUGUACUCUGUAUUACCAUAUCCAGUGUUUUGAUUGACAUAAUUAAAUGCUAAUCAUAUUCAUGUAUAUGAUGAGGAUAAUUAAUCCGUGCUGAGUCUAAUAUGAAAUCGGUGUGAUGUCUAAUGCCGGUAAUCACAGAAAGAGAGGAUCUAAUUCCAUGACACCAAAACCUACACUUGACUCUGAGGAUAUAAAUAAGGCUUGGUAAUGUAGUCAGGCCAUUUCCAUGUCUCACUUUAAACCAGAUUACCCAAGAUUAAUUUAGAACAUCUAAUUCCUGAGUUCAAGUUCAUCAUGAAAAAGGCAUUAUUUUAGUGACUUUUAUGCUCAGUUGAAAACAAGAAGAGGACUAGACUAUUAGUGAAUUUCACUACCUGCCAUCUGUUAGGUUUGGGAGGGGUGGGGGAAUAUUAAUGUUUUGCUGUAUGUUCAAUUAUUUAAAUCUUGUGUUGUGCUUUUCAUAUUUAUUUGUAUUUAAAAUUGCUUAGUUGUAUUUUUUUUGGGUUGGACUUUUCUGAUGUUUGGAGGCCACUACCUUUAGUUAGUAAUUUCUAUAAUAGACUGCAGUCACCAUUAGAGAUUAGAGUGGAUUUGCAGAAGCACAUUAGCAUUAAAAAUGUAGUAGUAUGCGUUUUGCUUUUAAAAAAACUAAACAACAACAGGGAAGAUGUCUUUAGACCCUGGAGGAACAUGGCCCUGUAUAUGGCAGGUGAGUGCUCUGACUGAAUGUCCUCUGAAUGUUGCGUCUGCUAUUUUCUGUGUUCUAGUUCGUGCUGGCUUAAGAUUUGACAUGACCCAGAAGUAGUAACUCACAUAACUGCUUACCCAACAGAUCCCUUAAAUAGAAACUGUUGUUUCUGUGUUUUGGAUUUUAAUUCUAAUAUAGUAAUACACUAUUAAAAAAAUACAAAUAAAAAAACCUCAAAAGUUUGUGGACACCUGACCAUCAUACUUGUGUGUUUGUUUGAACAUCCUAUUUCACAUCCAUUUUCACUCUUCUGGGAAGGAUUUUGGAGCAUGGUCCAGGUCUUCAUUGUCAUGCUCGAAUAGGUUCAGGCCAGUCGGUUCCAGUGAAUGGAAAUCUUAAUGCUAUGGCAUACAAAGACAUUGCAUACGACUGUGUGCUUCUAACUUUGUGGCAACAGUUUGGGGAAGAACCACAUGUGUGCAGUGGUCAGGUGUCCACAAACCUUUGGCCAUAUAGUGCAAUUAGUGCAUAUAGUGAGCAUAGCUGCUAAAGUUGCAUUGAUAUCUUACCAGUAUCUACUGUAUCAGUAUAUUACCUAUUACAAUUAAUCAGUAGCUACAUUAUUGCUAAAGAAGAAUGGCUUAAUAAACUGCAGGAAAUGCUGUCAAUACAGGAGUUAAUCUUUAAACCUCAAAAAUGUGGUUUAAAAGUGCUUGAGGCUUCAUGUCAAGAAGUAUAUAAUAAAUUCAGUCUGUUUAGGUUUUAAUGGUCUUAUUUCAAUAAACCUUAUAAUCCAUUUAAGUUAUCUAAUAACCUUGGACUUUUUUGUGGAAAAUUUGAGUAUUAAAGAGAGUUUUAUAAAAUGAUUUCCUUUCUUAAUUCUGCUGUAAUGCCAUUAUGAUUUGACUCGGUGAACAACAUACACCAGUAAAGUUAAAGCAAGUCAAAUGAAACACUGGAAAAUGAAUCACCGGAAAUGAAAACAUGACAUUUUUCUAGUUGUUUUAAACAUUGGUUAUGUAACUUUGGUUGUAUCAAAUACCGAUGGCACUAUCAUGUAUAAACCACUUGUAAAUUAUUCACAAAAUGUAAUACCAAAAGCCUAAAUAGUUUGUGUCUUGCCAUUACAAUUGAUAAUGGAGUCUUUUGCCUUGAGCUAGCAUUCAGAGAUAUUUGGGAUUCAUACAGCACAUUGACAGCAGUACUCUUUUUCUCCAGAGGGAACUGUGAGCCACUAAUUGGCCUUUAUGUUUGCAAAAAUAACCCUGAGGGUGAGAAGAAAGGAACAAGGUUAAGCUUCCUUUGUUUGAAGUUAGGGUUUUGUCUCAUUGACUAUUUCUGUCAGAAAUCUUUUACACAUUUACACUUCUGACCUUCUAGUUGCAAUACAGAAGACCCACUGAAACUGACUUUUCAUUCAUUCAGUUCACUAUUGUAUUAUCACCCUCGGCUGUUAAAUAAUGCCAAAUCCGGAAUUAUUGGCACCCUCCAAGAGCAUGGGCAAAAUCUAUAAUAAAAAUGCACAAUUAUUGAAUGUUUUUUAAAUUAAUGUAAAGUAAAAACAAAAACAUACCGGUAAUAAUUAGGGCCAUAAUAAUAAAAACAAUCACAACAGUAACAAAAAUACCACUAAGGAGGCAAAUAAAACCCAAAGGUUACAGUUUGAUUUCCUGGUGCUGUCAUAAUUGUCAUGCAGUGCCUGAAUUUGUGUGAUUUAUACUGCAUUUGAAAUUGGGUGGGGCAGUCAGAUAAGACCAUAACAUGAACUUUUUGCACACCAUCUACAUGGUCUGGUUAAAAAAUAAAUAAAUUAAAAAGGAACUGCACACAAGGAAAUGUUUAUAUACACAAGGUAAAAUAUGGUAGUGUGUCUGAUUUGGGGUUGUUUUGUGGUUAGUUGUCAAGGGGAUGUUAUGAAUUGCACAAAAUUCCAGUAAUUAUAGUAAUUUUACUAUUCUGGAAACAUGAAACUUUUCACAACACGAUAUCUUAUAAUUGCCUUUAAAAUGUGUUGGCACUGUUCAUUUGAGUGGGUGGGUAAUACGUCAUUUGACUGUGACUAAUGCAAAACUCAUUUAGCAGUUGCAUACAGAGCUGUCAGCUUUCUCAUAUUCAGCUUGCUGCUCAUGCGUGUUGUCGGGUUAUCGAGGGGAAAGUUCCAGAUACAAACAAAGCCUGUGACAGAGGGGUGCUCACAGAACAGAUUGUCAUUAAGGCCCCAAUGGAGCAGCGCUCAGCCUUUCCUGCCUCUGCAUCAGCACCACACCUGAGACGGAGGCCUCGAGUGGGAGCCGUUAAUCACAUCAUCACACCAGAGCCGAGAGCCAGCCUUCAGCACACUGUGCAUUGUCAUGGCAACCGGGUGAGGACCUUAUGGACUCAAUUAUUACCGCACAUCUCUGCAGUAGCAACACCAGAGGGCAGAGCCCUUAUAUUCACUCUACUGACUGAGGAGCUUGUCUGUGAAGUUAUGUAGCUGUGCUGCAAUGCUAAAGUUCAGAAUUUCAGACGGUGUUCAGGUCUGAUGGCCAGAUGUGAGGGCAGAAAAUGAGCCAGUUCUGCAGGAUUUUCUCUCUGGCUCUCUGAGGACUGCAGAUUAAUUGAAUGUCAUGCUUAAUUAAAAAUUAACACUUAAUUAAUGCCAUUAAACAGGAGUCAUGCAGGGUCUCGGACA